CGCUCAGCGACGAGCGACGGUCUCCGAGUUCGGUUCCGAGUCAGAGUCCCAGAGGACUAGCAAGCCCGGGCUGGGGGCCGAGGGGAUUCACCUUAGAAAUCUCGGGGAGACUCCGGGUAUGAGAUUGAGGAGGCGUCCUCGGCCGCCUUAGGAGGGAAUCGCGCGUCAGGAACGUGAGCGGCCGGCGCGAGCGGCCCACCGCUGAGAAUUGAUUAUUUUUCUGCUGCUCACCUUUCAUUAUGAAGGAAGAUCAAGUUGUAAUGGAAGAGCCAGGUUUCCAAGAUGAAGAGGAAUCUUUGUUUCAAGACAUUGACCUGUUACAAAAACAUGGAAUUAACGUGGCUGACAUUAAGAAACUGAAGUCAGUAGGCAUCUGCACCAUCAAAGGAAUACAAAUGACGACAAGAAGAGCCCUGUGCAAUGUCAAAGGGCUUUCAGAAGCAAAAGUAGAUAAGAUUAAAGAGGCAGCCAACAAACUUAUUGAACCAGGAUUCUUGACUGCAUUUGAGUAUAGUGAGAAGAGGAAGAUGGUUUUCCAUAUCACUACUGGGAGCCAGGAAUUUGAUAAGUUGCUAGGAGGUGGAAUUGAAAGCAUGGCAAUCACAGAAGCUUUUGGAGAGUUUCGUACUGGAAAAACCCAGCUCUCUCAUACCCUCUGUGUGACAGCUCAACUUCCAGGAGCAGGUGGCUACCCAGGAGGAAAGAUUAUCUUCAUUGAUACAGAAAACACUUUCCGUCCAGAUCGCCUCCGGGACAUUGCUGAUCGCUUCAAUGUAGACCAUGAUGCAGUGCUGGACAACGUCCUCUAUGCACGUGCAUAUACUAGUGAACAUCAGAUGGAGCUACUUGAUUAUGUAGCAGCAAAGUUCCAUGAAGAAGCUGGCAUCUUCAAGCUACUGAUUAUUGAUUCAAUAAUGGCACUUUUUCGAGUGGAUUUCAGUGGUCGUGGGGAGUUGGCUGAACGGCAGCAAAAAUUGGCUCAGAUGUUGUCACGACUCCAAAAAAUCUCAGAAGAAUAUAAUGUGGCUGUGUUUGUGACCAAUCAAAUGACUGCCGAUCCAGGAGCAACAAUGACUUUUCAGGCAGACCCCAAAAAGCCCAUCGGGGGACACAUUCUGGCUCAUGCUUCAACAACAAGAAUAAGCUUGAGAAAGGGAAGAGGAGAACUCAGAAUUGCCAAGAUUUAUGACAGCCCUGAGAUGCCUGAAAAUGAAGCCACCUUCGCAAUAACUGCUGGAGGAAUUGGGGAUGCCAAGGAGUAGGUGGAGAAUUGAUGCAAAUUGCUUCUUAGUGCUUAUUAGGAGCUGAAGAAAUAGAAAAGUAGUCUCAAAUUUCAGAUUCUGAAGUAAGAGUUUGUUUUUUUUUUCACGUUAUUAAAGUCAGCAAGAGAUUGAAAUCUUAAAUUUAUCUUAAAAGUCCUUGAUUUAUAAUAACUAUACUUUGCAUGUUAAUUCAGGAAUAAAUCUGUUGAAAAAAGUUGGGGAAAAGGCGCUUGAUUUCCUCACUUAGCUUUCCAAAGUGAGCCCUUAUAAGCAGAUAGAGAGUCUAAGAACUCAGAAAUGUCCCAUUUUCCUGCCAGGGGCCUCUUCAACAAUUAAAGAGGCAGAGACCAAAGAGGGAGUCCUGCAAGGGAAGGUUGUUUACAGGACACAAAAAAGCUCUUUUAUUUAUAAAAUACUGUAUUCUCAUCUUUAUAGCAACCAAAAAUAAACAUGAAAUUAAGCUAAAUUUUAAACCACUGACUUUUGACAAAUUGAAAUUACUUUUUUUUUAAUAGAGGCAUGCUUUAUUUAUUUGUUUGCUGGUUUGUUUGUUUGUUUUGUUUAUACAUGCACUGGGUACAGUCAGAAGUGCGGGAGGGUGAGAGAAUUCACCAGAGC